GGCAGCUUGGCGGAAGUAGUGUGGGGGAGGUGAUUCCGAAGAAGAGCGGCGCGGCGGGGUGCCGGCGCAGGCACCCGAAGCGGCCCCAGGAAGAUGACUCGCUUCGCUCUAACUGUUGUCCGGCAUGGAGAAACAAGACUUAACAAGGAGAAAAUACUUCAAGGGCAAGGAGUAGAUGAACCUCUUUCAGAAACUGGAUUUAAACAAGCAACUGCUACUGGUGUGUUUCUGAGUAAUGUAAAAUUUACUCAUGCUUUCUCCAGUGACCUCACGAGAACAAAGCAGACCAUGUGUGGCAUUUUGGAGAAAAGCAAAUUUUGUAAAGAUCUGACAGUAAAGUAUGAUUUGAGACUUCGAGAAAGGAAAUACGGGGUUGCAGAAGGCAAGGCACUGAGUGAGCUGAGGGCCAUGGCCAAAGCAGCUGGGGAAGAGUGCCCUGCGUUUACACCACCCGGAGGAGAGACCUUAGAUGAGGUGAAAACGCGGGGAAAAGACUUUUUUGGAUUUCUUUGCCAGCUAAUUCUGAAAGAAGCAGGUCAAAAAGAGCAGUUUUCGCAGGGAGCUCCAAGCAACUGUCUGGAAGCUUCUUUGGCAGAGAUACUCACUCUAGGAAAAAAACGCGGCUCUGAAUUUAAUUCAGAGAGCGGUGCUCAAGGAUUAGUAGCCAAUGUCUUAGUUGUGAGUCACGGUGCCUACAUGAGAAGCCUGUUUGGUUACUUUCUGACUGACCUCAUGUGCUCCUUACCAGCAACUGUGAGCAAAUCCGAACUUGCAUCCGUCAGUCCCAAUACAGGGAUUAGUCUCUUUAUCAUAAACUUUGAGGAAGGAAGAGAAUUUAAACCAACAAUUCAGUGCAUUUGCAUGAACCUACAGGACCAUCUAAGUGCAGUGGCCGAAACUCACUAAGUUUAAACCUGCAACAAAAUCUAAGAAUUUUGAGCAUCUGAAGGGAGUGCCUUUGGCUUUAUUUACUUAUGUUCUCUGCUAGCUCUGAUUUGGAAACUGUUAAAAGCCAAUUGUAAAGUUCAAGUGGAAUCAAAGCCACAUCAAACUUUAAUGGAAAACCAUUUAGAAUUAUUUUGUCUGAGUACAGUUGGUGUUUUUCAGAGUAAUUUCCCCAUCCUGCUCAGUUAUAUCUCUGGAUUAUAAAUGGAUGACGGAACUCAGUAUUGCAAGUGGGGGAUUAAUAAGUUUGUUACUAUGCUUUUUCCCCCCUUUUUAUGUUGAUAUUUUUAUUUUCUGAAAGGUCUAGCUUAUUUUAUUGAUGGUUGGUAAAUUCUGAUUUUUUUCUGUCUCAUCCUGUGAGAUAUUAUAAUUUUAUAAUUCCCACUGCAUAUUAUAAUUCCCACUACAUAUUUAUGAUGAUUAUGUGUUAUAUUAAUUAAAAGUGUUUGCCACCAUAAGUUAAUGUAAAGUAAAGUGGCACUGAAAUGCUUCACAUAUAAAUCAGCUGUUGGAAUUUGCUAUUCUGGAGGCCUUGAAAUAUGGAGAUGUGGAUGAAUGCAGAUAAUGUUUGCAGAACAGUCUAGGGGAAAGAAGUUAAAAUAUUACUUGAUUAAAAAACAUUAAAGAAGGAAUCUGAGCAGAAUAGUAAAGAGCAGUCUUUUAUCUAAGUAAUCCCUUCAAAGACAAGUCAGUGGAAACCAAGAAAGCCAAAAGGAAAAAAAAGUUUGACUAAGAGAAUAAAGAAAAAUAUCCACUUUUUAUCUAACCUAUAGGCUAAAGAAUUUCUAAUUUGGGGAAGGCUUUAAAGAGAGUAAACAGUUAAUAGUACACUAUAGUAACCAAGGAGAGGGAGUUUCCUUCUGAAGAGUGGUGCUGCAGCUGCCUCUGUGCUUGUUUUGUGGGAGGAACAGAUGAAGCUGCCUCUUCCUUCCACCAGAUGGCACUGGAAGAGAGGGAGUUGGGUUAACUUAAAUUUUUAGGUAAGAUCGGUCCUUCAAAAAUUCUUACCUAAAUAAAGCAUUUUAUGUAGUUACUUUAAGUUACCAUGUUGAAGCUGUGUGAGUGCAGCUCAUAAGAGGAUUAAUGCUAAGUUUUCCAGUUAAGGCUAAAGCCACAGAUAGUCAAAAUAUAAACCACAUUUAAAGUUCAGUAUCGUGCUGUGUUCGGCCUGUCCAACACUGCCACUUUUCACCACUAUUGAAACAGUGCGUGCAUUUGAGCUCCUGAGGACAUACACUGUAAAAGACUUGAAAAAUAACUGGAAAAGGACAAACAAUAAAUAUCCCACUGUAUGUUCCCACCAUACAGAAGUAAUCUUUCUUAUUUUUUUAAAAAAGAAACAAUAUUUAGAUGUAAGUAGAAUUUCCUUUAACCAGUCCUCACAGUCCUGCUAUUCUGCAGAGCUGACCACGGCACUGAAUCUGUGUGUGGGGGGUGUGUAUUAUUUACAUUUUCACCUGGUAUCUGUAAAGAAAUGGUAUUGUUUGGUCCUGUAAAAAUGCACAUAAAUGUCAAGCUAUCUGUAUUCUUUAUUUUUGCUUAUUAUGUCUGGGGCUCUGUUAAUAUGUACAUAACUAGUUAAUUAUAAACACUGUAUUCGGUUGAAUGAAUACUACACAUUUUCUUUAUUUUUCCAUCAGGAUGCAUGUAGGUAUGGGCAGUAUUUUCUUACAGAAACAACGCUACAGAGAACAGUCUUUUGCUUCACUCCCUCUGCCGUGUCAAAAGAUGUUCAUCUCCAGCUUUCACAGGAGCCAGCCCUUCUCACAGUGUUCACAGUUCCUGUUUUCAACAUCUUUGUCAACACUUGAUGCUGUCUUAACUAGUUUUUUGCUUAAUCUGAUCAGUGAAAAAUACCUCAUUGUUUUAAUAUGCUUUUUUGUGAUUGCUAAUGAGUCUGGGCAUUUUUCCUAUAUAGACAUUUCUAUAUAUAGACAAUUCUGAUAUUUCUUCACUGGUGAAUCACUGUUGCAUAGUCAUGAUCUGCUUUUCCUUGAAGCUAUUUGUUUUUUUCUUAGUGAGUUGCAAGAGUAAUUUGAUUAUUCUGGAUACUCGUUCUCUGACUUUUAUGUACAUUGCAAAUAUCUUCCAGUUUGUUACAGUAUGGUGGCGUCACUAUAGUUCACUGCAACCUCAAACCCCUGGGCUCAAGAGAUCCUCCUGCCUCAGCCUCCCAAGUAGCUGUGACUAUAGGCUCACUCUGCCAUGCCUGGCUAAUUUUUCUGUUUUAGUAGAGAUGGGGUCUUGCUCUUGCUCAGGCUGGUCUCGCACUCUUGACUUCCAGGGACCCUUUCCCCUUGGCUUCCCAGAGUGCUAGGAUUAUAGGUGUGAGCCACCACACCUGACACUUACUUUAAAUUUUUGAGACAAAUAUAUCUUUUCGGUGUUUAUCUUUAAGAAAACGUCGCUACCAUGAACUUACACACUAAUCUUCCUUUUUCUUACAGUUUUAGAGAAAUUUUGAAUGUCAAACCUUGAAAUUAUCUAGAAUUUAUUUUUUAUAGUGUAAGGUGAGAAUUCAGUUUUACAGGCUUUUUUUUUCCCUAUGGGUGAAACAAUUAAUGCAACGUCAUUAUGAAGACUCUUUCCUUUCCCAGUUGAUUUGUGACUCUGCACUGUCAUACCCUCACACAUCCAUAUUUGCUAGAGUCUGUCUAUGGACUCGGUUCUGUUUUAGUUCACUUUGUAUUCCCAGGGCACAUACUUAGUCAUGUGGCUUUGCAACUGAGUAUCUGUACGGUGAGUACUUGGUGAGUACUUCCUCUUGUUCAUUUUAAUGAUUAUCUUAGCUAUUUGUGCACCUUAUCCCAUAUACAUUUCGGAAUCAAUUGGUCAAUUUCCAGACAAAUGUUAUUGGAGUCACAUGCAUUUGUUCAAUUAUCUAGUCAUUCAAGACAUGUUUCUCGAGCAUGGCACACAUAUGCCAGGCUACUAUAAGAAGUAUGAGAACUAGUAUCCAAACUGAAUAUGUAGCAAGGAACCAAAAUGGACUAAGUCUCCAUCCUUGUGGGAUUUAUGUUCUAUCAGGGAAGAUAGUAUAACGUGUCAGAUUGUGCUCAGUGCUGUUGGGCAAAGUAAGGCAGGGACAGCAAACAGCCUGGCAGGCGGAAUGCUUCUAUGUUUGGAGUGAGCAGGGCCGGACUGUCAGAAUACUGCAGGAUGUGAGGUCUGCUGACAUCAGGAUGUGAGGUGGGAGGAGUAAGGAGUGUCCUGAGGAGGGACCAGGCUUGACCCCUUUGAGCAAGAGAUGUGGGAAGGUGAUAGGACAGAGAGCUGAAGGGAAGGAGAAGCACGUGGGUGCCUGGUGGUCUGUGCUAAGGGUUUGGGCUUUGACCCUAGUGAGAUGGGUCACCUUUGGCCAGUUUGGGGCAGAAGAGUGACCAAUAGGACCCCCUUCUGGUCACACUGUAGGGGUCACGGUAGGAGCACAGGCUAGAGGCAGGGGCAGUGGCGGCAGGCUGCCCAGCUGCUUCAAGAAAUGAGGCCAGCAAGGUUGGCAGGGACCAGGACAGUGCCAGGGACACUAAGAUCCUCGAUGUGAAGUGUUGAGGUUAGCUUUAGAGAGGAAUGACAUCUUCCCAUCUGUGAACAUCAUACGUCUCCAUUUUUUGAGUCUUUUAUCUAAUGAAGCUUUGUCAUUUCCUUUGUAAUAUUUUCUCUGCUUUUUGUUCAUUUUUAAAGACUUAAUGAGAAGGCGGCCAGUGAUUUUUCACAUACCCUCUGCCCCACCACGCACACAGAGGGGUGCAUUUGUUAUACGUGAACCCAUAUCAGCACAUCAUUAUCACCCAAAGCCCGUAGUUACACUGGGGUUUCUUCUUGGUGUACAUCCUGUGCGUUUGAACAAAUGUAUAAUGACACGUACCCACCAUACAGAAUAUUUUUACUGCCCUAAAAAUCCUCCAUGCUUCCCCUACUCAUUUUCUUCCUCGUCUGUUUCUGUGAGGCUUGGUCCAAGUUCCAGCAGGAGCAAUGGGUAGAAGUUUCCGGUUCCAGCCUUUGCAGUAGGCUCACAGCUACAUAUGACUUUCAAGUAUCUACAUAUUCCAUAUCUGGAUAAGCACAGGCUGUCACGCCUCCUGGCCACUGACAGGAUAAUCAGAAAUGCUGAUUCAUCUCAUGGAUUUUAUGUAUACUGUGUUUUUGAGUCUCAACAAAAUAGUAGAUGAGAGAGUCGUGGACCCAAAUAGUCAGCCUUUGUGUCUUCAUGAAUUUACACACACCACAUACAGAGGGAAAACAAGUUGGAAUGUGCAGAUUUGGGCUUUGCAGCAUUUUCGUGUUUCUCUGAAGUUUCUUGAGCGCCCAUGUGAAGAAAAUGACUUUAAAGUAUCUAC